AUCCCCACCACAACCGUCUUGAAAAGCGGAGCAGAUGAUGAUCAAAAGGAACCCCAAAACCCUCUCAAACGCAUCACUUUUGUCUGCCACCUGUGAGGAUCCCAACAACACUGCUUGUUCAUGGAUUUUGGGCUUCGGCAACUCGCAUUGUGCAUCCUUCCUCUCUGCCGCCUCUUACUAGCCACCGCCGAGGAUGACUGGAAGAUAGCCACAGCCACGCUCUCCAGAGACAGGGACGGCUCCUCCUCCGUCGCUACUGGAGGCGCUUGUGGGUAUGGAGAUCUGAGGCAAAGCAGCUAUGGCGGGUACAGCGCAGGCCUGAGCGGGAAGCUGUUCAACAGGGGAAGCAGCUGCGGCGCUUGUCUAGAAGUGCGGUGCGUGAACCACAUCCGGUGGUGCCUCCAAGGCAGCCCUUCCGUGGUGGUCACCGCCACCGAUUUCUGUCCUCCCAAUUCGGGACUGUCCUCUGAUUACGGCGGUUGGUGCAACUUCCCCAAGGAACACUUGGAACUAUCUCAUGCCGCCUUCACAGGGAUAGCAGAAACCAGAGCCGAGAUGGUACCUGUACAAUACAGGAGGGUCAUGUGUGGGAGGAGAGGCGGAUUAAGAUUCAGCUUGAACGGGAGCUCCCACUUCUUCCAGGUGUUGAUAAGCAAUGUCGGCCUCGACGGGGAAGUGGUGGGAGUGAAAGUGAAGGGCCAUACAACGGCUUGGAUCACAAUGUCCAGAAACUGGGGACAGAACUGGCACUCUUCUAUCGAUCUCAUCGGACAGUCUCUCUCUUUCGAGGUUACUCUCAAAGGCGGCAAAACCAUUGCCUCUUACGAUGUGGCUCCUCCUUAUUGGCGCUUCGGAAUGACAUACCAAGGAAAGCAAUUCCACUCCUGACUCCUCCUUUAUCACUUAUCAUCAUCACUUUCGGUGGUCAAAGCAUGCUGUGCUUUAUUAUCAUCACUUUGUAAACAUUAGAUAUCAUCAUCACUUCAUUUCAAGGUAUAAAUGUCUUCCUACGA